GCUAGAUGUAUGUACUUAUGAUUACGUUGGUUCAUCGUGUACGUAAGCUAAAUACCUAUCGAUGAUAUUUAUCGGUGACUUCUUAUUACGCCAACAACUUGUUUCGUCAACGUGUGCCAAGAACAGAUGUCUCUUCAAACUGCAAAUGACCCCCGUAUCUAAAAAUCAAAAGAAGAACUAGGUCUUCUCAGCCGCAGUAGUACUGUGGCUAGAUUUUUGUGCACAACACACAAAUCUUCGUGUCGUUUAAAUAUAUCAUAUCUCGUUAUCUUGUCAAUCAGUCCUAGAUUAAGAUUUCUUGGAGGACAACAAAGCCUGUUAGGCAAAACGUAACAAACGGGCGUUCAUCUGCUUCUUCCCUGAUAGAUGAGUGUAUCCCUACAUAAUAAUCUUAUGUAGCAUGUUCCAUUAUUUCGAUGUAACUGUGUAUGUGCCGGUGAACGUCGCGCUGGAACUCGUGCGAGCUGGCUGACCCGGAUCGGUUUGACUGCACCAAUUACUGAAGACAAACCACAUGCUGGUCUGCCGCAUCUUCGAAAUGUUAUAUAGGAAUAGGAAAUAGAAACGAAAUAGGAAAUAAAAACAAGGAACUCAGAAGCAUCUCGUUAUUAGUCGUUAGGAUCAGUGACUAGACGAUAAGUUCUAGCUUACAUGACAACAUUGUGACGGAUGCUCGCGAAGAUGAUUAUCAUAUUCACUACGGUUAACUGUGUGGACUAUAAGAUGUAGGCACAAUGACGGUGUUGUUGCAGGACAGGAUAAAUAAAAAUAAGGAAUACAUUAAAAAUUCAUUAAGUUGACAUGUUUCAUGCAAAUAAAGCUAUGUUCUCGACCGAAUUGCCGAAGGCCGCAGCCUUUCGAGAAUGUUGGGCCCGUUUUCAUUAGAAUAUAUCGUCUAUUCUGUCACAGUAAAAUACGGAGUUGACAGCGGUAAACAGUGAAGUGUUAGAUUAGCAAGGCUGCUUUGCCCAAGGCUAACUUCCAGUUUUCGAUAAACCUGUUUUAUAUGCCUGACUUACAAUGGUAACCAACUUCAGUGAUUUCCGAUUCGUACGUGUAUCGCGGAAUUGGGGAACUUUUCGAGUUUUAAACGCGCUAAGAUUCUAUUACACUAAGAGUAUCGGCCUACGACAAAUGAUGUUUUUACGGGAUCUGCCCGACAAUCUAAACCCGGGCCGUAUACCUUUGAAGCCAUUAGGAUUCUCGAACCGUGUCCUGAGUUCCUGCGAUGCAUGUGGAGAGUCCUCGGCACGAAGAAUCAUCGGGUCGUGUGGUCACUCGUUUUGCUUUGCGUGCUGCAUAUCUCAUAGAAAUUCAGAUGGGGUUCUUAAAUUCCAGUGUUCCAAGUGUAAAAAAAUUCGGACCGGCGAAAAGAACGAAAUAACUGAAAACGUCCUAAGCGACAUGCGUUUCAUGUGCUCGUGUGGCCUAGAAGGUACACUGGUGGAAAUUAAGAAGCAUCUCUGGAAGGAUGAUGUCGACCAUCAAUCCACUAGAAUAAUCGAAUUUCCGUUAAAAUCGGAAAGUCAUCAAGAUAUAAUCAGAGUGCUAAGUGAAAAGCUGGAAUCCUUUAAAGCAUCCAUAACUGCAGAGAAGGAGUCGAGAAAAGCGUAUUUUUGGUUCGAUCUAAAGGACAUAGUGGAACAAAUCGGCGGAGAAGAGAAAAAUAUAAUUGGACCCUAUAUUAAUUGGCGUCUAGGAGGGUAUCCCUGUGAAUUUAGUAUGGAUGUUGAACUAAUUGACAAUAGCUUCUUUCUUGGUGCGUUUCUGAGGAUUCACCGCGACCAAACGGGCUACGAAAGCUGGCCAGUAAAAAAAGAAAUUAUUUUUGAGCUAUUCGAUAACCAAGGAAGGUCUGUGAAAAAGAACCAAACGGCCACUUAUCGUGCGGGCAAACCCAUAUGGGAUGGAUUUGCAGGCCCUUUAAGCGAUCGUCAACGUUGGGGCGUACGGAAAUUUUAUGAAAUAACUAGCACUAGUGCUUUUGAGCAAGAUAUGCUUCACGACGGAGCGGUCUGCCUUUGUGUAGAAUUUUUACCGUUAUUUUAAAUAUAUGCAUGUGUUCUUCAGUUGCUAUGAAUAGAAAAGCUCUUAAUUUUCAGUGCGUUCACCAAGAGUAAUUCCUUCAUUAUUUUCCGCGAAAA